UUCAAACAUGGCGGCGGCGGUCCGGCCGUCCUGUUCUUUUGUGGCCGCUAGUUGCCUGCAAAAGGGGGACCGGCUACGAAAUUUCGACCCAAAACUGUUCGGGCAUCGUCGGCCCGAAAGCCUCUUGGACAUCUGCGCCAAAGUGGUCGCCCAGCACAUCCCGUUCCAGCGAAUCGAGGAGCGUUACAACAGGAUACCUGAGCCAGUGCAACGGAGGAUAAUUUUUUGGUCCUUCCCACGGAACGAACGGGAUAUUUGCAUGUACUCGUCGUUAUCAAGUGACUCCAACAGUUGUGGUGACUACCAGAAACUUCCCUUCUACCGCGGUCUCAAGCUCUACGAGGCUGGAUGCGUCGAUAAUGUGUUGCAAGUCGGUUUUCAUCUAAGUGGCAGUGUCACGCCCAGCGCCCCGGGCACUGGUUACCCCGCCGAGCCCGAGAGAAAAUUUCGGAUCUCAAUCAGCUUCGACAGGUGCAAGAUAACGUCGGUGACAUGCACGUGCGACACCCACGACAUCUUCUGGUGCCAGCACGUGGUGGCGCUAGCCAUCUACCGAAUCCGCAAUGCCGACAGCGUUCGGCUCAGGGUGCCCAUCUCAGAGACAUUGCUCCAGCUGGACCGAGAGCAGUUGCAGAAGCUCCUGCAGUACCUGAUUUCAGAGCACCACACGGAGGUGCUCCCCACAGCGCAGCGGCUCGCAGACGAAAUCCUCCAGUCACGGUCGCUCAUCAACCGCAUCGCAGGUGCUCCGGAUCCGACAGCCGGUGCGUCGGCGGAGGAAGACCACAGCUGGCACCUCGACGAAGAACAAGUGAGCGAGCAGGUUCGUGCCUUCCUCUCCCAGGGAGGCUACUACAUGGUCAGCAAGCAGCUCAAUGCACUCUUCUCAAAGGUGAAGGAGAUGCUCAGGGCGGGUGAUUCCAACGGUGCGCGAAUGUUGCGACUUAUCACGGAACAGUUCCUGGCCGAUCCCCGGCUGGUGAUCUGGCGAGCUCAGGGCACGCCCAUGUCAGACAAGUGCCGGCAACUCUGGGACCAGUUGGGUACGCUGUGGGUGUGUGUGGUAUUGAACCCUCACUGCACGAGCAGCGAGAAGCAGCAGUGGCGUCAGCUUUUGGAGCGCUGGUCGUGCAUGCACAUCUGUCCGCUGGAGGAUGCGGACUUCCGACCCAGCGCAUCUGGACGCCGGCCCCUCGUGGUGGACGAUGACACCUCAGACUCCUCUGAAGACGAGGCCGGAGGAGGGCAUGGCGAGGUUCGUGGUGCGGGGGGCCACCACCAUAACCACCACCACCACCACCACCAUCACCGGGGUGGCACCGGAGGCAGUGGCCAUCACCACGCACAGCCGUCUCACCACAGGGGUCGAGGGUCGCGAAGGAACUCCGCCAACACCGCCGCCGGACCGCCCCGCUCUAUCUUCCAGCGUGCCCUCGAAGCCUGGCUGCUCUCGUGGGAUGACCCCCACCUGCGCUUCAUCCUCGCCCACGACGCGUGCUCCGAGUCCUCAUCUGUUUUUCCCUCCUACUCUUCCUCCUCCCCACCUUCCUCUUCCUCCUCUUCGUCAUCAUCGUCGUCGUUGUCAUCAUCGCCUUCGUCAAGCGGAGCAGGACACUUCAACUCACAAGGCUAUCCCCUCUGGCAGGAGCCGAUCCCGAUGGCGUGCUCGCGGGUGGAGGCCCUCCGGUCGCAUGGCUACCAGCAGGAGGCCCUGCGGCUGGCGGUGGCGGUGGUGCGCACGAUGAAGCGGCAGCAGCGGGAGUGGCAGUGCCGCUGGCAGGCCGAGCAGGAGCGCCUGGGACUCUCCUCCAGGGACCACCACCGGAGCCGCUCCGGCGCUUCUGGCUCGGGCCUGUCGAGCCACACGUCCCAUUCCAACACAGAAGGCUGGGUCGGCCACCCCCUCAAUCCCAUAGGCUCCCUCUUCGACACACUAGCAGAGGCCUCCCUCGUGCCGGACAGCAAGCACCUAGAGUACUUCUACGAAUCUUUGCCGGGACCAAGCGCCGAGGAAGCGAGCGGAAACGGAAACGGCGCCGGGGGAAACGCCGGCGGAAACAACGGCGGAACCAACAACAACAGCACGAACAACAACAACAACAAUGCGGCGCCCACCUCCAACUCCCACCAUCCCCACGCCCCCCACAACAACAACAAUAGCAACAAUAACAACAACGGAGGCAGCAGUUCCUCGUCGUCGUCCUCGUCCCAGUCCUCGCAACCGCGCGAGCGCCCGCGUUACCGCCACGUGGGCGUGCCGGGAAGCCGCGACCGCAGCGAGUCGCUGCUCUCGCUGGCCGUGGAGGCGGCCUUGGUGGGGCUGGGGCAGCAGCGGGCGAUGCCGGUGGGGCUGUACGCCCAGGAGAAGGCGUGCCGGCAGGAGGAGCGGCUCAUCGCCCGGCUGCGCGACGUGGAUGCGGACGGGCUGCUCGUCGGGGUGCUGCGGAAGCAGGCCAUGCUGCUGCUGGAGGGCGGUCCCUACUCGGGGCUGGGCUGCGGGGCCCACCCGGAGAGCGUGCCCAUGCACACGUUCGCCCGGUACCUGUUUGGGGCCCUGCUGCCGUACGACGCGGACCUGGCGUACAGCGUGGGGCUCAGGGCGAUGCGGCUGCCCAUCCUGGAGAACCAGGAGGAGCCCGACGACCCCGGGACCGGGGUGAACGCGCCGGCGGCCAGCCGCUACCCUCGGUGGUUCACCCUGGGCCACGUCGAGGUGCAGCAGUGCGCCCUCGCCUCCACCAUGCUGUCGGCCGCCAAGGACGAUGUGAUGCGUCUGCGCACGGUGAUGAAGUCGUCGCAGCGCAACAUCCACAGCUCGUCGCAGCUGUUCAAGCUGGCCCAGGAUGCCUUCCGCAUUGCCGUGCCUCAGGACGGAGGUCCCAGGCAUCUGGCCCUGCUCAACGUUGCCUUUGAGCUGGGCCUGCAGGUUAUGCGGGUGACCCUGUCGUCCUUGAACUGGCGACGUCGGGAGAUGGUGCGCUGGCUGGUGACUUGCGCCACGGAGAUUGGCCUUGAGGCCCUCGUAUCCAUCAUGCAGAAGUGGUACCAGUUCUUCACACCCACCGAGGCCACCGGUCCUGUGGCAACGACCAUCAUGUCGCAUGCCACAAUCCUUCGCCUGGGACUGGACUUCGGCCAGCAGGAGGAGCUGUCGUCGUGCGCCCGUACCCUGGCCCUCCAGUGCGCCUCCAAGGACCCCCCCAACUGUGCCCUCAACGCCCUCACCCUCUGCGAGGGGGACGCGUACGCCUUCGAGACCGCCCACCAGAUCGUGGUGGAUGCCGCCGGCUCGGGCGUCAUGACCUCCUCUCAGCUCUUCACGGUUGCCCGCUACAUGGAGCACCGGGGCUACGCCCACCGCGCCUACAAGCUGGCCGUGCUCGCCACGCGGGGCGUGCAGCUGGCCUACAACCAGGACGCCCAUCCCGCCAUCAACGACAUCCACUGGGCGUGCGCACUGGCCCACUCGCUGGGGCGCUCCGAGCUCGCCAGCUUGGUCCCCCUCCUUGUGAAGCACGUGCAGUGCGCCACAGUGCUCUCAGACAUCCUCCGGCGGUGCUCGAUGGCGGCGCCGGGAAUGGCGACGCUGGACGCCAAGCGGCGCUGCGUGCGGGCGCUCUCGCUGGACAAGCCGCCCCUGCGGCCGCUGCUGGAGGCGGCCAUUGCAGCGUACGUGAACACGACGCACUCGCGGCUGGCCCACAUCUCGCCGCGCCACUACGGCGACUUCAUCGAGUUCCUCAGUAAGGCCAGAGACACUUUCCUGCUGGCGCAGGACGGGCACGUGCAGUUUGCGCAGCUGGUGGACAACAUGAAGGCGGCCUACAAGGGGAAGAAGAAGCUCAUGUAUCUAGUCAAGGAGCGCUUCGGCUGAGUCGGGCUCACGCAGUGCGACUCGCGUGAGCUCUCUCUCUCUCGGCCGCGGCGUCGCCGCAACCGCGGGCCGGCGAGAGACUCGGUGUCGGCUCGUUUAUUUUGGGUUCCGGUUUUUGUUCGGAAAGAGGGCCGCACUUGCCGAGUCGACGGCGUUUUUUCGUUGUUCUUGUUAUCGUUUUUAGCCCCGCCCCCGACUGUGUGUCGAGGCUGCCCCCGACAAAUGCGUUUGCGACCGAUCGCCGAGGGGUUGGGUUUAGUUUCGAGGGAGAAACCUGCACCUUGGAAGCCGACUCUUUCUCGCGGCCCGCGGACCGAUCCGGCUUCGUUCGAGGCUCGUGCAGUUCCCGUUUUGUCGGUGUUUUAUGACUAAGUGCCUUUCUGGCCGUCGUUCUUGUUUGACAAAUACUUUUCUUUUAACUUUGCGUUUUUUCUUUGGGGGGGCAUUUGUUAGUUUUUAAACACGAAUUUCAUCCACCAAAUCUUUACCUGUUGGUUCUGAAAUUCGGCAGAAGAGCCUUCGGAGCUUUUCCGACAGUUUACUUUCUAAAAUAGCGGACUGUGGCUUUACGAGGCAGUUUGCCCGUUGCCGCGUCGUCACUUUCUCACAACGGGCUUUUAAUAACGACUGCCGUCGAGGUCAAAGCGGUAGGACUUUUUUAAAAAUUUUUAAUCAUCUCUCGCUCGCGUUGUCGGUUUACUUGUUUUGUCUGUUUUGUUUUGGGUGGGUGGGACUGUUUUUGCGUCGCAUCAGACGCGUAGUCUUUACUUCCGCAGCGGCAUUUUCCACGCCCCCUCAGUCGCGAGGUGGCGGGGCACGGGCGCCCGACGACGGAUCCCAGGGUUUUUUUCCCCGCGGGGACUGCGCGUCUGCGUUCCCGAGAGAAAACUGCCUGCCCUGGGGCGGUCGUGGCUAGCCUUUUUAACGAGUCUCUCGCCAGUCGAAAAAGACAAGAAAAAAAAAAAGAGAAAGAAAAAAAAAAAAAAGCAACAAAUGUGUGGGCAACAGGUGCAAAUAUUAGUUUUUUUCUCACUUUUUUUUUAGGCUACAUUUGGUGUGUACAUAGGUCCCGUGAUAUUCCAAAGUUGCGCGCCUCGGCGGGCUACGAAACAAAGCGCCGGCGGGCGAUGGCAGAACGUAGGGAACACCAGUCUUUGGGGUUGAGUGUCCAGAUUAUUGCAUCAAGCAGCGCCGGUCAUCAGAUGUGGCUUGCUCUAAUCACGUGAAGCACGAUUUGAUGUUCUGGGGCACCUCUGUGGUUGGGUAAGGCGGGGAAAAAAAGGACAAUUGCUUCUCUCUAUGGUAUGUCUCAAGGGUGCCCUAAAUGCAUAGCAUUUAUAGAUCCUAUGCCACGUGGGCGUCGCCUGAUAUUGUGGCUCAUGUGAUGCUAUACGUCACAGUUUCAUCUGACAUCACAUUGGCUCACGUAACAUUAGUGUCGUGCGACGUCCUGUCACGUGGUGUCACCUGAAAUCACUGGGCCAUGCGAGGUAUGCCGGAUCACUCAACGGACACGGUGUCAGAGUGUUGCACGAGAUUGUGUCUCAUGAAGGUUGCGUCAUGUGACGUAGUGUCACAUAAUGACCGUCAUCUGAACGUCUCGACGUCAUUAGCGUGACGUGGCAUCGAGGCUACACGCCGUGCACACGAAAGCUCCAAGAUCUGGCCCUAUCAAUUCUAUGCAUUUGAAAGCCGAAACGGUGGUGCGACCUAUCGUGAUUUUCAGCUAGCGUUUUUUUCAAAGCCUAGUCAGCGAACUCUCCAACUUCCCUGCACGACGGUUUCGAUCGGAUCGUUUUGCUCUCGUUUAGGAGUGUGCCUAGGUCGGUGGUUAGUCUUAGAGACAUCGUGGUAGCUUGAGCGAAGCAUGGUGUCUUCGACAAGCCCAGGAUUUUUCUCAUUGAAAGCAAGGAGUUUAUAACUUUUGGGUGAGAUUGUUAGAAUGAUUUGCCUUCUAAAAGAAAACAAAAAGCUCCACAAAGAGAGAAAGGUCGUCGUUUUAGUGUGGUAUGAGAUUUUCAUAAGUGCUUGCCUUCCGAAAGAAAGCAAAAAGAAAAGACUAACAUAGUAUGCGUUCCCUCACAACGUCUCGCCUCGCCCGUCCGCGCCAGCCCCGCCUUUUUUCCGAGUCUCCUGGACGAUCUCGUCGGCUAACAUAUCCUAGCUGAUUUUUGUACAUUUUGUGCAGUUUAUUCUCGUUUCUGGUGUGCAUGUCUGCUUGUGUGCAUCGAGUGUGCGUGCAACUCUGUAGCUAUUUUUCUCAACAAACGGAAGAAUGAACUAUGUGCCGCCGCACAGUUUUUUUUUUUUUUUUCUUUUUUUGUGGAUGCGAUUGCGCUCUGGUGAUUAAUACUACUUAGCCAAGUUUUGGGGGCGGGAAGGACCGCCGAACACGUUUUUAAGCGCUAAACGCCGCGAGUAUACGAGAGUGUCGAAUUCUAAUUUUUUAAGUGGGGGGGGGGGGGGGAGGGUGACACGCUUGGCGUAUCGAGAUGAUGUGUAAUACUUGUUUUGUUAUUUAUUUGUGUAUUUGUUGACUUCAUAUUUUUUGUUUUCUUUUUCGUCAGAGUUGUUUACGUCUUUUCUUUCCGUGUUAUGUCUUUGGUCUUCCCCUUGUGUUAAAGGCCGACGUUUCACGCCGGCGCGCUGUCGUCGACGCGCGAGUUUCAAUGCAUCCUUUACAACGCCGGCCUUGUUUUUGUCAAAGUGUCGCGCCUUGCAGUUGUUGGAGGUGUCAACGACCCGCCUUCUAAGCACUUUCUUUCCUCGCUAACCCCCCCCACUGACGGGCGGUAAAAAUUUCUCGCUUCAAACGACCGAGCUCAACAGUCCCUUCUGUUUUACUGCCUCGCUUCCGCGCACCGAGUUUUUUCUGAGAAGCCGAAGGAAGGAGAAGGGUUGGGGUUGCAUUUGACAUCGGGGUUUGUCGUUUUUUGCCGCCUACCUCAUACCAUGAGCUAUGCCAAAGAUUGACUGGAGAUCGAGCUUCCAUUUCGAAUGCCUUUUCUCAGUUUCAGUUUGUCGAAGGAUCUCAGAUGACCCCGAUAAAAAAGGCAAGCAAACCCGUCGCUCCAUGCAAUUGAUGGGCCAACGUGUUGCGGUGUUGUGCGUCGGACUCGGAAUUUGGGCUGUUCUCUUGUUGUGGACUUGUAACUGUUUUUUUUUUGUUUUUUUUUGUGUUUCCCAUAUUCCACUUUGCAUCAUUCCGUUUAGAGAAACAAUUUUCGUUCAAAGUGAGAGGGCUCCCAACGUCAGUUCAAUCUACCUCUUAAAAAGUCUGCGCGAAUGUGUGGUUGUGACUUUUGACUGCGGGCCUUUUCCUUUAGCCAUCACCCAAGCGAGUUGGAGUGGAGCAGUAUUAUGAGUGCAGUAACGUCGAUUGGGGGGGGGGGG